AUUCAGAGAGGCGGCUGUCACUGACGUCAUCGUCACAUGAUCCGUGACGCGCCCCAUCUGACCAGGAAGGAAUUAUAAACACAGAACCCGGAGACUGCAACAGACCAACAACCGCGGAUUUUCCAUUAUGUUCCAUGGGAUCCCAGCGCAGCCGCCGGUCGGAGCACCUGGAAAUAAACCAGAGUUAUAUGAGGAGGUGAAGCUGUAUAAGAACGCCCGGGAGAGAGAGAAAUAUGACAAUAUGGCCGAGCUGUUUGCUGUUGUGAAGACCCUUCAGGCGCUGGAGAAAGCUUAUAUCAAGGACUGUGUGUCACCCAGCGAGUACACCGCUGCCUGCUCCCGCCUCCUGGUCCAGUAUAAAGCCGCCUUCAAACAGGUACAAGGAGCAGAGGUCGGAACCAUCGAUGACUUCUGCAGAAAGUACAGGCUGGAUUGUCCUCUGGCAAUGGAGAGAAUUAAAGAGGAUCGGCCGAUCACCAUCAAAGACGACAAAGGAAACCUCAACCGAUGUAUUGCGGAUAUUGUGUCGCUUUUCAUUACUGUGAUGGACAAACUGCGUCUAGAGAUCCGAGCGAUGGACGAGAUUCAACCCGACCUCCGAGAGCUGAUGGAGACCAUGAACCGGAUGAGCCAUCUGCCGCCAGACUUUGAGGGCAGAGAGAAGGUCAGCCAAUGGUUGCAGAAGUUAAGCAGCAUGUCUGCCUCCGAUGAACUCGACGACUCCCAAGUGCGACAGAUGUUAUUUGACCUGGAAUCUGCAUAUAACGCCUUCAACCGUUUCCUUCACUCCUAACCGAGUUAUAUAAUGUCCACUUGGUGAGAUCAGUCCCGGACUUUGGUUUCCCGUCCUAACACUAAGAAUAACAUAGCGGUGAGCGGUCAGUCCUGGAUGUGAUGCCGGACACUUCAUCUAUAUAUAUAUAUAUAUAUAUAUACACACUUCUCCUCCUCCAUUGUGCAGUCGGUGCCUAUAGGAUCUUGUGAAACUAUUCACCCCUCGUGGAUUUCUCUGUUUUGUUGUAAUAAAAAUACAAUGUAAUUUA